UGACCACACACACAAUAGAGGUCCCCCUGCUUUAAUGUUCUCAUUAUAUGUGCUGACUUGCUUUCUAUCUCCUGAUAAAAGGCCUGCAUGGUCAGUAAGCACGUACACCACCUCUCUCAUUCACCUCUAUUCAGCUCUCGUCUCUCCACCUGCUGGUUUGCGAGGAGCAGAUUGACAGAUCAGAUAGCAAACAGGUAGGCUAUACUGUAUAUAAGAGCAGCACACUGUACUUUGGGAGGCUGACUGAUGAACUCUGAAUAAAUUGUCUCCUGGGAUCAAAUAGGCUGUUCAUUUUUAGCUCUGCAGGUUUUCUCAAACUACACACCUCAAUGUGUAAAGGGCUCUCCUCCCUGCCCUCAUCAUGCCUGGAGAAGGCAAAAGAGAUGCGGGUGAAGUUAAGCCACCUGGCUGAAACGCACCACAAGCAAAAGGUUCAGGAUGGAAAAGCUCUUCAGGACCUGGACACUCUGCUGAACAGCAAAGUUGGUCGGCAGGCUUUCCGUGAGUUCCUGCGCUCAGAGUUCAGUGAGGAGAACCUCGAGUUCUGGCUGGCCUGUAAGGACUACAGGGUCACUUCUCUAAACCUGCAGAAGACCAAGUCCAGCAGCAUCUACUGCCAGUUCAUCAACCCUGACGCUCCACAAGAGGUCAACUUGGACGCUGAGACCCGGGAGGCUCUGUUGAGUGUGACAGGCUCUCCGUGUGCCGACACAUUCAGCAAUGCUCAGCAGAGAAUCUACAACUUGAUGGCCAAAGACUCCUUCCCGAGGUUCCUGCGCUCCCCUCACUGCAUGGAGGCCAUCAAAGCUCUCUAAGCAGACACUGCUCAGUACCUCAGACCUGCUUUAGAAGUAGGUGCUGAUGAAUCUAUACAUCUUGUUAUGUUGAUAGCAUGUUACCACUUAGUUUAGCAACUAGCUUGUUUUGUGAUUGUUUUCCAUGACAGUGCUGUCCUAAAAAAGUCUCACAUAUAAACCUGAAUUAUGAAUCUACAUCGCACCAUGAGCAACAUCCACAAAGGGUUUAAAUAAAUAC